AUUCGGUGUGAAACAAAAGAUCGGAGAUCUGCCUUCUUAAAGAAGAGCUCUGAAAAGCAACGAGCACGAUAAAGACUGCAACCUCAGACGACAUCCUCCUCGCUGUACGGCACCACCUGUUGUCUUGGUCACCUGUAGCUCACCACAAGUCUUCUAAAAUGGCCGUCAUGAUGAAACCGUGGACCGUCCUCGUGGCUUUGGUCCUGUGCGUGCUUGUGUGUCUCGGGACCUUUGUGGACGCAUACCCUCCCAAACCGGAGAAUCCCGGUGAAGACGCGCCUCCCGAAGAAAUGGCCAAAUAUUACACCGCUCUUAGACACUACAUCAACCUCAUCACAAGACAGAGGUAUGGUAAGAGGUCUGCCAAAGAGGAUGUGGUGGCAGAGCUGCUGUUCGGGGACAACACUGACAGGGACCAGAGAUCAAGAUAUGAUGACUCCGUGUGGUGACUCCGCCCACUCCACCUCAUUGGGCGUUCUCUCCAGGCAUCUGACUCACCUGGACGGGACGAACUGUGCCUCUCACCUCCUCCCUCCAUCCCCUCCUCCCCCUUUACACCCUCCCAACUCAAUCCCUUUCUCUCUCCUCAUCGACCACAACCAAUGACCAACACAGACCUUAAACCAACCUCUCCCUAACUCUAGUCUUUCUCUCUCACUGGGUCUUUCCUCUAUCAUCUUUUCUCUCUCUAUCUCUCUCUCUCUCUCAAUUGUAAAUAAUUUAUUAUUAUUAUCAAUAUUGAAUAAAGAUAGAAUACAAAAUAUCUAAUGAAAGAUUCAAUCUUGUGUGUGAAGUCCCCUGCUGUGAUUCCUAAAGAGAAUAACCUUUUAUUGUUGGUACUGUAUACAUGCUUCAUCGUCUGAUUAAACUUGUUGGAUGACUCAAA